UCUCUUCCUCUCUUCUUGCAUCCAGUUGGGUGUAUGUAAGCUGUUGUCCGCCUGCUCCUGGCUCACCGCUGUUCGCUCGGAUUCUUCACGAAUAAGUCGGUCAGGAAGGUGAUCAGAUAUGGCAUUUAAAGACACGGGCAAAGCACCUGUUGAACAGGAAGUGGCCAUUCAUCGCAUCCGUAUUACACUAACAAGCCGGAAUGUGAAAUCCUUAGAGAAAGUCUGUGCUGAUCUAAUCCGCGCAGCCAAGGAGAAGAACCUGAAGGUCAAAGGACCUGUGCGUAUGCCCACCAAGACCCUGCGUAUUACAACAAGAAAAACCCCUUGUGGUGAGGGUUCCAAGACAUGGGAUCGGUUCCAGAUGCGCAUCCACAAAUGCUUGAUUGACCUGCACAGUCCUUCUGAGAUUGUGAAAUAGAUCACUUCCAUCAGUAUUGAACCUGGUGUAGAAGUUGAAGUCACAAUUGCUGAUGCAUAAAUGGCACUUUUUUCUGAAUAAAAGACCAUAACCGGAAAAAGAAAAAAAAA